CACAUCACUUGUCGGCCAUUUUUAGAUCAGGAAGUUCACUCGCAUGCAAAAUACAUUGCACUGUCGUAUCGUACGCGUAUGCACCAUACCACUAUGCACGUUACGGCCUGUGUGUAUUUAGUGCGUUGGUUAGCAAUCUAGACGAUUUCCGGGUUUAAAUUUAGGCGGAGGCACAAGUAAUUUCAGAAAGUUUUAACACCAUAGUUAAUCUGAAAGAUUCGAAAUGUUGGAGAGAAGUUUACGACCAGGAAAGUAGUUUUUUUUACCUCGCCUGAGAACUGAAUUUUAAGGAUUCCACAGUGGGUCGGGUGACUGGUAAGUCUCCGCAAUACAGGGCAAGCAGACACCCCCACCCCGACCAGUAUGCCUCCACCACCACCCCCAGCCCCAGCGCCCCCGCCCCCUCCCCCGUCCAACUUCAGCGCACCGCCGCAACUCAACAAGAAGGCGCAGAAGGACCGGGGGGCACUGCUGACGGACAUCAGCAAGGGGACCAGGCUGAAGAAGACGGUCACCAAUGACCGGAGUGCGCCGGUUGUAGCAAAUGACAAGAAACCCGGAGGCGGAGGAGGUGGAGGUGGCAGACCAGGUGGGGGAGGAGGAGGAGGGGGAGGGGGAGGGGGAGGGGGGAUGGGCGGUGGAGGAGGGGGUGGUGGGAUGGGUGGACUGUUCAGCGGCGGGAUACCACAACUGAAGAAGACGGGCAGAUUACCCGCAGGUUCCGGUACCAAAGAGAGAAACGCCCCAUCAACCAAUCACAUAGGCAACAGUGGCCCAUCACUAGGCAACAGACAGUUUGGCUCGCAGCUGCCUCCCCCGCCCCCCAGCCGAUCGGCGGGGAGCACCCAGCCUCCAUCUCCACGUCUUUCCGCUCCAGGAUCACACAACGCUGUCCGCCACGGGCCCCCGUCGCCGAAUCUGCCAGGCAGACCGUUACCUGGCCCGCCCAAGGACUCAAGUACAACGCAAAACAAACCAUCUUGGAUGAACGAUAGAGGGGGCAACUCCAGGCCCGCCUACAACUCAGGAGGUCACACAGCGGCACCUCCGCCUCCACCCCCGCAACAGAAUAAGCCACGCCCCCCGUCGGUUGGGAAUCUGCCUCCCCCACCUCCACCGGGGCGCAACGUUCCAAAUGGCAGGCAGAAGGACCAGGCGCCCCCUAGACCAUCAUCAUCACGGCCGCCGGCGCUACCACCAGCCAGGCAAUCGGUGGGACGCAUGCCACCCCCACCCCCACCCCCAGCCAGAGAGCCCCCUCCCUCAGCACCUCAACCCCCGCCCCCAUCUAGGCAAACCUCCGGAGGGAGACAGGCCCCUCCUCCAAUUCCAGACCCCAUGCAUUCUUAUUCGUCGCAAACAAAUGGACCAAGUUUUGGCGGGGCCCCGCCCCCACCCCCUCCAUCAAGAUCCGGGAACAGCAGACCCCCUCCCCCACCUCCACCAAGCGACAGCGGAUCCAGACCAUCAGGACUUCCGCCGCCCCCUCCCCCAGCAAGAAACGUCGGUCGCCCAGUCUCAAGUGGUCCACCGCCACCGCCAGCACCCCCAUCCAGUAGGCCGCCGCCCCUUCCAUCUCGGUCAGGUCCUACCCCAGCACAAAGCCUGCCUCCUCCCCCGCCCCCUUCGAGGGAAAGACCGCCCUCAAUUGUCGGAAACGUCAGUUCGUCGCUUGGUCCGCCGCCACCCCCGCCUCCAAGUAGAGGCGCGCGUUCUUCAGGAGCACCGCAAAUUACAAACAAUAAUGGAUAUGAUGAUUCCUUUGAGAAUCGGUUCCGGUUCCGAUCAGAGAACGAGUUUCCCAAUCCUCACCCUUUCGAAGUCACGAACAAGACCUACCCCAGCAAAUCAGUGUCCAAUAGACAAAGUGUAAAACGGGGGCCGCCUCCAGAACCACCCUCUUAUUAGGUGAAAUUUGUUCGGAGUUUAAAGAAAAGUUCACGUAGGUAUCGUCUCACAGCUCAGCAGUUUUGAACCAGGACAUCAUCCAGACAAGCCUUACCCCAUGACGUUUCCUACAACAGGUAUCUCAGAACACAUGUGGUACAGUAGGGUGCUGGAUGACAAAGCGCCAUGGCAAAGCAUAGUGUUUAUGGCAUAUCCCAGCAUGCUUUGGUGUAGCUCCCCUUGGCCCAUCCUUUCUGGGUAGACUGACAGUGAUUAUAUUUGGUAUCUCAGUUUGAUAGUGAGAUCUUUCUACAAAAACAAAACCUUGUAUCACUGUACACAUUCCAUUGGGAUAUUUGUAACAAAUAAAUGGCAUUACUGUCAAUAGGUCAAAUCAUUUUGGGGCGAAUUCCAUGAAACUGCUCAACGCAGAAAUUUCGCGAAGCCCCCCAAAUAAACUUGUCGAGUAUUUUCCGUUUUCGUACUUUUCUAUGUUUAUUCAUUCAAAACACCCGUUUGCCCUUCAAAAUGCCAGCAAAGAAACUAAAACUAUUUUGUAAAGUAAAAAAAAAAGGGGGCUCUUUUAUUACUCUGUCUCAGUGUUAUAUUAUAACUUUUUCUUUAGCCGUUGAUUUGGCUUUGGAUCCACUAUUUAUAGAAGUCCUACGUCGAGUAUGUAAUAAGGAAAGUAAUAGAUUAUAAUGACCUUUGACCAUUUUGUAUUUUUAAAAUGGCCUCUCUUUUGUUAAAAUUUACACUUUUGAGGUGUGUCAAAUUGGGUUACUAUGGGCUUCGUGCACAAGUACCCCCUCAACGGCAAGGAAGGGAGAGUUUUGGGAGACCAGUAGAAGAAAUUUCGAAAGACUAGACGACGCCUGAUGCUUAUAAUUAGUUGCGCGUACUUGGCGCUAUACGCGUGAAUCAGCACGCGCAUGCGGUGUGCCUCGUCCACGGUGCUCUCUAAAGUGGUAAAAAGGCACCCUCUCUAGGCACGUGGCACCCACGGGCAACCCCGGGCAAACUACAGAAGAAAAAAUAAUUAUGGAGUUUGUCUUCUGUUAACUUUUUAAUGUCUGUGAUGUACCUGUCACGGUCACGAACUAAGUCCAAAUUCACGGAGCGCUGGACUUAAUAAUCACAGACAAAAAUUGG